UGUGAAGCUGAGUCGGUUGCAGUUUAGCCUCACAACAAAUAAACUGUAGCAAGUUAUCACCUAAAAUAACCGGGCUAGUUACUUACAUCGGUUAUGGGAUGUUAGCUAGCUAGAAAUUCAGGCUAGCUACUAGUAGUUGGAGUCCUAACCGCCAAAAAGCAGCACGUACAGCGACAUUAUGAUGUGGAUACGGGUCAGAAAACCUCCAUGAGGGGAAGGAGACUUGCCUCUUCAAAUGAUGCUAACAGGCGUGGUCGUAGACCUUAAGUUACAGGUUACUUCCUAUGGCCCCCCCCAACCCUCCAGAACAGACCGCUUUCUGGUGCAGCAGUGGGCGACUGUGUUCUCUGUUCAGCUUCGAGAGUCCACCACUAAAUACUCCGGCUCGCUGCUGCUGCAGAAGAAACUGAAAGAUGUCGAGUCCAUCGUUAAGAUCGUGGAGCUGGAUGGAAACGAUUUGGUGAAGCGUUACUCUGAUGAGAUCGAACGAAUGUUGGGAAGCAAGAUGAAGUCAGUGAAGAGGUUAGCUGAAUCUGCAGAGGAUGCUGACCUGUACCAUGACUUCAACGCUUCAUUAGAGUUUGAUUACUACAACUCCAUGCUGAUCAACACGGUAGACGAAGACGGGAACAGCGUGGAGCUGGGCGGCGAGUUUCCCCUGGAGGAGAACGAACACUUCAACAGACUGCCGGUGAACACGCUGCUGAGCAACAUCCAGGUUCCCACCAACGUUUACAACAAAGAUCCCAACAUCAUCAACGCCAUCUACAACUCCGAGGCGUUAAACGACGUCUUCAUCAGUAACUUCCAGAAGGAUCCGACGCUCACCUGGCAGUACUUCGGCAGCUCCACCGGCUUCUUCAGAAUCUACCCGGGUAUUAAAUGGACUCCGGACUCAAACGGUGUGGCAGCUUUUGACUGCAGGAACAGAAACUGGUACAUCCAGGCAGCCACGUCUCCGAAAGACAUCAUCAUCAUGGUGGACAUCAGCGGCAGCAUGAAGGGGCUGAAGAUGACCAUCGCCAAACACACCAUCAACACCAUCCUGGACACGCUGGGAGAGAACGACUUUGUCAACGUCAUCGCUUAUACUGACUACGUUCGGUACGUGGAGCCGUGCUUCAAGGGAACUCUGGUCCAGGCUGAUUUGGACAACAGAGAGCACUUUAAGGUGCUGGUGGAGGAACUGCAUGUUAAAGGAGAAGCGAAGAUCAAGAAUGCUAUGAAGGAAUCCUUCAAAAUCCUCAAUGAGGCGAGGUCGAACGGUCAGGGCAGCAUGUGUAACCAGGCCAUCAUGCUGAUCACAGACGGAGCCAUGGAGGACUUUGAGUCUGUCUUUGAGGAGGAGAACUGGCCUGAGCGCAGGGUACGAGUCUUCACCUACCUGAUCGGCAGAGAGAUGACCUUUGCUCGAAACACCAAGUGGAUCGCCUGCAACAACAAAGGUUACUACACACACAUCUCCACACUGGCCGACGUGCAGGAGAACGUCAUGGAAUACCUGCACGUGCUCAGCCGACCGAUGGUCAUCAACCACGACCACGACAUCAUUUGGACGGAGGCCUACAUGGACACUGUGCUUCCCAACACCAAGGAGCUGUUCACCACCAAAGCUCAGAGUCUGCUGCUGAUGACCUCAGUGGCCAUGCCAGUCUUCAGCAAGAAGAAGGAAACGCUGUCCCAUGGCAUCCUGCUGGGUGUGGUCGGCUCCGACAUCCCACUGAUGGAGGUGAUGAAGCUGGCACCCAGAUACAUGCUGGGAGCUCACGGCUACGCCUUCCUUAUCACCAACAACGGUUACAUCCUGGCUCACCCUGACCUUCGCCCUCUGUAUAAAGAUGGAAAGAAACUGAAGCCAAAGCCAAACUACAAUAGUGUGGAUAUGUCCGAGGUGGAGUGGGAGGAUACAGAGGAGACGCUGAGAACAGCCAUGGUGAGGGGAGAGACUGGCAGCAUCAGCCUGAACAUCAGAGCAUCAGUGGAUAAAGGGAAACGACCUCUGUACCUCAUCAAUGACUACUUCUACACAAACAUCGAUGAGACACCUUUCAGCUUCGGCAUGGUGCUGACGAGGGGUCACGGAAAGCUGAUGUUUAUAGGAAAUGUGUCUGUGGAGGAAGGCCUGCAUGAUCUCACCUCCCCAGACCUCAGCAUCGCCUCUGAGUGGACGUACUGUGAGACGGACAUCGACCCCAGCCACCGAAAAUACUCUCAGCUUCAAGCCGUCAUCCGCUACCUGUUGGGGAAGGAACCCGACCUCGAGUGUGAUGAGGUGUUGCUGCAGCAGACGCUGUUCGACGCCGUGGUAACGGCUCCACUAGAAGCGUACUGGAACGCCCUGAUGCUCAACGACAGGGUGGAGCCAGGAAUUGAGACGGCCUUCCUCGGUACUCGUGCCGGCCUGAUGAGGAUUGUGAGAUACGCAGGAGUGGAGGCCAGAGUGGCAAAACGGUUUCUGACUGAUGUUGAUAAAGACAACCUGUACACCAUCGAUCACUUCCCCCUGUGGUACCGCCUGGCAGUGGAAAACACUCCUGGAAGCUUCUACUACUACCCCGUUAACGAUAAAGGAGUGAAGUACGUCAUAGCGACGACAGCAGUGACGGUGUCAUCUGAGGUAAAGACAGCCGUGGCCGGAGCUGUCGGGGUGCAGAUGUCCUUGGAUUGGCUGGAAAAGAAGUUCUGGGCCAUCGCCAAGCAGCCCAGCGACACAGACUGUUCAAACAUUGAAGGCGUGUGUCCUCUCAGCUGUGAAAGUGCUGAUCUGAACUGUUUCCUGGUCGACAACAACGGCUUCAUCUUGCUGUCCAAAGAGAGGAGCGAGGUCGGUCGUUUCUUUGGCGAGGUGGACGGGUCUGUCAUGGCGUCGUUGAUCAAGAUGGGAAUGUUCAAAAAAGUGUCGUUGUUUGACUACCAGGCGAUGUGUAAGAACAGUCAUCAUCACGCCAGCAGCGCCCGACCUCUGCUCAGUCCGUUUUAUGUCAUCGCGGCGUUGAUAAGAUGGUUCUUCUCCAACGCACUCAUGUUCCUGCUGGACUUUAAUCUCUGUGGUCUCUGGCACUCUGAUUAUUUUGUGGACGCCAAGGCUGGUUAUCAUACAAGUCAUAAGCAGAGGAAGGUGGAGCCUCUGCUGCCCUGUGACACGGCGUAUCCCGGCUUCAUGUACGACUCAUCUGUCAAAGAGGCCAACAGCCUCAUCAAGUGUGGACGCUGCCAGAAGAUGUUUGUGGUGCAGCAGAUUCCAGACAGUAACCUGGUUCUGGUUGUGACUCAGGCCGACUGUGACUGUUCUCGCCAGUAUGGACCUAUACUGCUGGAGCCCAAAGAGAUCAAAUAUAACGCCACGGUGAAGUGCAACAGGAUGAAAUCCCAGAAGGUACGUCGGCGGCCGGAGUCGUGCCACUCCUACCACCCGAAGGAAAAUGCUAAGGAGUGCGGCAGGGCGGCGGCCAUCUCCCUGUCAAUAUCUCUCUUCUCGGCCUCUCUGCUCGUCUCAUCGCUCCACCGCUGGAUGUAAACCAGGACCAACCCACCAAUCAGGACCUGACAGUGAGGAUUUAAGUAGGAAGUAGAAUAAAGAAGCGUCGCGCAGGUAGCCAAAGGAUUUUAUUUUUUUUUACCUGCCACGAGAGACAACAGGACAUCUCAGAGAUUUCUUUCCUGCUGUCCAGAAGAGCUUCAGCUAGUCUGCAGCGGAGACUAAAGGGCUAUUUGAUUUUUUAAAAACUGAAUCUAGACAAAUUUUUCCUUCCUGACAUAAACCGAACGGGGAUGAAAACUUUGAAGCAGCUUGAGAGCUGCAGGAGAAACAAGAGUCCAGCCUCUGAUGGACGGAUGUAAAGUGUGUGUGUGUGUGUGUGUGUGUGUGUGUAGCUUUUUGAUACAGAAAUAUUGUGUACGAGUAGGGUUUUACCUUCAGAUGAUUUACAGUUUAAAAAGUAGGAGAAGAAGAAUGAGGGUUGAGCUUUUAACACUGACAUUUUCAGCUGUUUGAGAGGUCAAAGGUCAAACGGAAAAUACAGCAGCCAAUAAAAUACUCACCUGCAGGCAAAGUGGAUUUUAUUUAUUAUUUAGUUCAGUCAAGUGCAACACUGAUAUAGAUAAGACAAGAUAGGCUUGCAGAGGUUUCAGUUGAAGCUUGGACACAUACAGACCUCUAGUGGCAGGUUGCUGAUUUCUACAAGAACGACAGCCGGAGAUAUUCAGCAGUCACAUGUUACACUUCAGGUUUUCCUGGACAGGAAGGCAUUCACUUUCUGGAUAUUUGAAUGCCGAACAUUAUUUUUUCAUUUUCUGUUAAUGAUUCCUCUUAUUUUUUUAAGGAAACCAUCUUAGCCCAGUAAGAAUUGUUCCAGGUCAGAAGAAGUCUAAAGGCUAAAUGCGAUUGGAAAGUUAGUUUUUCAGAGAUCAAAGUUCCGUGUAACUUGUGAUUCAGCAGCAUUUCCACGCUGCUCCGUGAAACACAGUCUGUUACAAUAAUUAUGGUCAGCAUGUGUUUAAACUCUAAAUGGCAGAACUGAAGACAGAGCGGCAGAUGCCAGCCAUCUGAUGACAGAUUAUGCUGAGAAGAAUCGUACCGUAACAGUCUCAGCUGGAGGGAGGAGUAACAAAGAUCAGAUCACAGUCUGUGGAAGCAGUUUGUAGCUUGUUGGCUUUAAUAAAACACAGACUGCAGUUUGUACAUGAUGACAGUUAUGUUUGCAUUAAAGUGUCAAAUGUGCUGCUGACGACACAACGACCUCAGGUGACCUUUACACGUCUGUUAGGUCUUUUAGUUGUGAAACGCUCUGCAGAGGAUCCACUACAGCUUCAACAUCAGGCCCCGACCCCCCCCCCCUCACCUCAGAAAGAUAUAACGGUACGUUUAGUUACUCAAAGUCAGAAAUGCUGUUUUUAUUUUUCAACUUUCAGUAAACAAACAGCGUUGUUUCAAAAUGUGCUCUGUUGCACCUGUAACCACACCCACCUGUGAUGUUACAGGGUCCUGGAGUACACCUGUACAUCACUGCAGCAAGGUGAGAAGUUAAACCACUGAAGGUCAAAAACAAGACGUUCAGGUUAACUUACUCUAAACUACUUCUUCUUUGUUGGACAUGUGUUGUACUUUCCAGCUGAGUUGUAGAGAUCCAGGAAACACGACUCCAGUAAAACAGCAUCCAACAAAUUGUGACGAGCGAGCCUCCUACAGCUUCAUUAACAAACUUACAUUUUACAUGAAUCAUUUCAAACGAUCGUCCCAGAGUCUGACUGAAAGGAAACACAGAAAUCAGCCUCCUGGAUUAGCGACUGUAGCUCACUGCACAGGGAUCUACUUCCAGAGUUUUCUGUCUGAGUCAUGUUUCCCAAAUCUCUACAACGAAGGUGGAAAUAAUUCAACUUGCAGCUCUUGUGAUUUGAAAUCUGUAAUCUUUCAAACUGUGAUUUUGAUAUAAAGAAUAUUUAUUGUUCAGGC